ACUCCCCCUCUCCCCAGGGUGGUGAGGGGCGGCGCAGGAAGAGGGGUGCGAGCUGCCGCCCUUUUCAGCACGGUGUUUUCUGAGGCCUCAGGUGGCCACCUGGCCCUUUUUCACUCCCCCCUCCCCCGGGUCACUUGGGAGGCCACUUGGGUUUGUGGAGUAGUGUGGCGAUUGCGGGAAUAGCGAGUCGCCGGUGUGCCUGUGGGCUCUUAAUCUCCGGGUGGUGUGGGGCGUGCUCCUUCUUGGGGUUUGGCGGACGAGUGAUGGCGGCGGUGCGGGAAGAAGUGACCGAGGAGCCCCGCGGCCUCCCCCCCCCCCCCGCAUCCAGAGGGCCGGGAGGCCCAGAGUUUGACUAUCCAGUUUGGUCUCCAGUCGGCUUCCCCCUCCCACAGGGUGGUGAGGGGUGAGCCAGGAGAGGCAACUGGGAGGCUUGAGCCCAUGUUGGGCCGGCACAGCGCCCUGCAGGCCUGUUGCCGCCGGCAGUGCGAGGGCUACCCCGGCAUCGAGGUCCAGGACUUCAGUAGCUCCUUCCGCAAUAGGCUCGUCUUCUGCGCCAUCGUCCACCACCACCACCGGCUCGACUUGCUAUCUUCUGCCUUCACGGAAUGGAGAGGAAUUCACAGGACAUUUCCUUCAUGAAAUGGUGGAUAUUCUCUUGAGUUACAUCAAGAAGACCUAUGACAGAAAAAGUAAAGUGUUGGAUUUCCAUCAUCCGCAUCAGCUUCUGGAAGGGCUAGAAGGCUUCAGUGUGGAACUUUCUGAUCAACCCCAACCUUUGGAACAAAUACUUGUUGACUGCAGGGAUACCUUGAAAUAUGGAGUCAAAACAGGACAUCCACGUUAUUUCAAUCAGCUUUCGAGUGGCCUCAAUAUUAUAGGACUGGCUGGAGAAUGGCUGACAGCUACAGCAAAUACAAACAUGUUUACAUAUGAAAUAGCUCCAGUGUUCAUUGUAAUGGAGGAGAUCCUUCUGAAGAAAAUGUAUGAAAUUAUUGGAUGGGAUGAAAGUGAAGCAGACGGCAUAUUUUCCCCUGGAGGGAGCAUAUCAAAUCUCUACAGUGUUUUAGUUGCCCGCUAUAAACGGUACCCUGAGAUUAAAACCAAAGGCAUGGCAGCCCUUCCAGACAUUGUACUAUUUGUUUCUGAGCAUAGUCAUUAUUCUGUAAAGAAAGCUGCAGCUGUUCUUGGGAUCGGGAUGGAUAAUGUGAUUGCCAUCAAGUGUGAUGAAAGAGGGAAAAUGAUACCAUCUGAACUGGAGGGAAACAUUCUCAAAGUCAAAAGACAGGGCAAGGUUCCCCUGUAUGUUAGUGCCACAGCUGGGACAACAGUAUAUGGAGCCUUUGAUCCUCUUACCAACAUUGCUGACAUUUGUCAAAAGUACAACCUCUGGAUGCACGUGGAUGCUGCAUGGGGAGGAGGUUUGCUAUUGUCAAGAAGGCAUGCCCAUAAACUAAGUGGUAUUGAAAGGGCCAAUUCUGUCACCUGGAAUCCGCACAAAUUGAUGGGUGUUCCACUGCAGUGCUCAGCUUUCUUAGUACAUGAGAAGGGUCUUCUUCAAGCCUGUAACCAGCUUUGCGCUGGCUAUCUCUUCCAACCAGACAAACAAUAUGACACAGCUUAUGAUACCGGGGACAAAUCUAUCCAGUGUGGCCGUCAUGUCGAUGUCUUCAAAUUAUGGCUAAUGUGGAGAGCCAAGGGCACACAAGGAUUUGAAAUUCUUAUCAACAGAUUUUUAGAACUCACAGAAUACCUUUAUAAACAAUUGAAGAAAAGAAAACACUAUGAGCUUGUUUUUGAUGCUGAGCCUGAACUCACCAACGUGUGUUUUUGGUACAUCCCACCAAGUCUUCAGAAGAUCCCAAGGGGAUCAGAAAGAGAAAGAAGGCUUCAUCAGAUCGCACCAAAAAUAAAAGCAAGGAUGAUUGAAGAGGGCACAACAAUGGUUAGCUAUCAGCCUCAUGGGAACAAUGUGAAUUUUUUCAGAAUGGUCUUCUCGAAUUCCGCAACUAAGAAAUCUGACAUUGAUUUCCUCUUGGAAGAAAUUGAAAGACUUGGGAAGGAUUUGUGAUACUUUGUGCUACUAUUAAAAAUGCCAGUAUGCAUUGUGUCUAUAUUGUAGUAAUGGGUUCGGUGUAAACUUUUGUUAGUGUUAUUCUGCAUAUUGGUUUUUUUUAUCCUCUUCCUUUUUUCCCAGCAUUUCAGUAGGAAAUUGACAGAGAGAUGAAAGAGACUGAAUGAAAAAGGAAACUUUGAUGAAAUUUUGUGUAACAGAGGGGGAAUUUAUAAGUGUUAAAAGGUUUUUAAGAUUAUUUUGUUAUUCUUUUUAUAUUCAUAGUAUUGCAGGGUUCUUCCUACACAUUCUAGCAUCCCGAACAAUUCAAUUCAAUUCAAUUCUUUAUUAAGUUUGUUCUUAAAGGUAUCAACAAAUAAUUUCAGCAGUUUUGUUCCAGUUAUCAGAAAGCCUUAAAAAUUUAGUUUUCAAAGUUUAUUUGUAAUUCAGGAUUUAUUCUGUGCAAAAUUGGUAUGUGUCCAAUUUCUGCAUAAAACUGUAUUUUAUGUGCAGGAAACAGAAUUUCCUGCAUGAUUUUUUUUUCUCUGCAGAAAAUGCUGUUUCCUAUGUAAAUGAACCAUGUGUUAAUUUUACAUAGUAUAAAUCCACAAUUACAUCAUUUCUGCACAGAAAACAGCAUUUUGUAUAUGGAAAUGUUAUUUUCCAUGCAGACGAUACUGUUUCCCAGAUAGACAACACUGUUUCCUGCACAAACUUUGUGCAGAACAAAUUCCAAACUGCAAAGAUUCACAUCAGUCCAAGAUUUUUCUUGACAGUGUUUCUCAGCACUCAAAAAUAUAUAGUAAUUCCUUGACUGAACUCCAUGGUACUAUAAGAACAUGUCCAAUUGAUGAAAAUAGGAUGGGAAGAUUAUUUAGGCAUAUAAAUCCAUUUUAUUUCCAACUACAGUAGGUUUGGUGGGAACUAAAUAUGUUUUGAUUUACCCAUUGAUUCAUUGAGGCUGGAUCUACACUGAUUAUAGCCCAGUAUCUGAUCCCAGAUUAUCUGCUGGAACUGGAUUAGAUGUAUCUCCACUACCAUGUAGUCCAGUUCAAAACAGAUAGUCUGGGAUGAAAUAUUGGAUUGUAUGGCAGUUUAGAACUAGAUUCUUGCUUACAACUAGAUUCUUUCAAAACACCAAACAUGUUCCUCACUGUUUUGUGAAAAUCAAAAGUUAAUUGGUGGAAACUAUGAUAUCCAUUUUAUCUUAAUAUUUUGCUCCACACCGUAUCAGAAUAGUGUAUCUGCAGAAAUAGCUGUUUAUAUUGAAAGGCAACAAGAAAAUUAGUGAACUUGCAGGUCUUUCCUCUUCUUUCCCUCAAUUCCAUAUCCAUGUCAGGAUACUUGCUUUAGUUCCAUAUUGAUGCCAGUAUACUUUUCAUCCCAGAGUGGGUUAUGUUGCCACCCCCCUUGCUUGAUGAAUGGAGCUCCACAAGAAGCGACAGCAACAUCAAUAAUCCUUGAAUGAUUAUAGCAAAGUCUGUUAAUUUCCCAUUAAAUCUGUUUGUUUCUAGCUGUCAUUAAGAGUCAUACCCACAACCUCUCCUAUUUUCCUCUUGCCUCUCAUCUUCAUAUGCCUGAAUUUCCAAUUUAUUGUACAUUUCAUUUGGAGAAAACAUACUGUAGUUUAUGACAUAUCAUUUCCAUACCUAGGCAUUUAGAAAGAUCAGAAGCAGUGCCAUGGCACAGUAGAGAGAGGCUGGUGCUUCUUUUAGGUUUUCCUGCCUUUCAGAAAAGAGGAUGAUUCUGUUGUUGAUCACAGCUACGAUAUAGUACUCGCACUGACCCAUGGAUAGGUCAAUCCAGGUUUGUUGGGUUGAUUGUUUGACUAACAUUUCUAGACUGAUACAUGAAUAUAUAGGGUUGUUUCAUUCCCCUCAAAACACACACACUUUAAGGUUAUUAUUAACACAUGGAUUCCAAACUCUGGAAGUAUAUUUCUUUUUUUCUAUAAAAUUUGUAUGAAUUAUAUAUAUUUUUAUAUUUCAAAGUUAGUCUGAAGAAAUCCUUGCAUAUUUAUUAGAAAUGUAUAUGUGUUUUGCAUUGAUAUUUAUAAGGUGCAUUGACAGUGUGGAGUUAUGCUUCAGUCAGUAAAGAGACCAGUUUGUGAAAGUUACACAUAAUUCACUGGACAGUGAGCAGAACUGUGGAACCAUGGUUGUUAUUUGAAUGAAUGCUAAAUAAAUUUACAUAUUUACA